AUGGCUACAAGUCAAGCUCCCAAACAGUGGGCCCUGACAAAGCAGGAAACUAUCACUUCAUACGAAACCUGGCGCCAAAAUCUUCAAUACACCCUUGCCUUAGACCACAACUUCGCUGUAUAUUUACUCGAAGACACAACAUGGCUGCGAAAGACUUCUACGGCCCCACUACGUGGUUUCGAAAACGACGGCGAAGACGUUCCAGCAGCAAGCCGACGUACAGCCGCCCAAAAGCUAACUCACUUGGAGUUAAUGCUCGGCCAAGUAGCCAAUUAUUGUCCCGUCAUUGUACGAAACACAAUCGUUAAGAACUCAACAUUUAUGCGGGCAAUUUGGCAAGCAAUUCGUACACAUUAUGGCUUUCUGUCCACCGGGGCACAUUUUCUCGAUUUUAAUAACAUUCGUUUAGAACCUGACGAGCGCCCCGAGGACUUAUAUCAGCGACUUCUGAGUUUUAUCAAUGACAAUUUACUCACAGCUAAUGGUAAUAUCCGACAUCACGGCGAAGACGUUUCCACGGGCGAAGAAUUAACACCCUCGCUUGAAAACAUAAUUGUAUUGACAUGGUUGCGUUUAAUUCAUGCAGAUUUGCCCACUUUAGUUAAGCAACGUUACGGGACAGAACUCCGAUCACAGACACUAGCCAGCCUCAAACCCGAAAUAUCUCAAGGUCUAGACGCCCUCCUCGACGAAAUUCAUUCUUCAAAUGAGGCUAAAGUUCUACGCACAGCCUUUCGACGAUCCUCACAACAGCGUGACAAUC